AGCAAUUGUUAUUGUUUUAGACAUAGGGCCUUCUAUGUGCAAAGGUUCUGAUUCUCCAUUUCAAAAUGCUAAAGCUUGCAUUGGGAUGAUUUUACAAAGAAAGAUUUUUUCUGAAUCAAAAGAUAAUAUUGCAUUAGUUCUUUGUGGAACUUCAGAAACAGAUAAUCAGCUUGCACGGGCAAACAAAAAUGAAUACCUCAAUAUAAGUGUUCAGUACAAUUUACAAACGGCUUCCUGGGAUCUGCUACAAUAUAUUCAAAACAUUGAAGGCACUUCCAUAACGGCAGAUUAUAUUGAUGCAUUAGUAGUUGCUAUGGAUAUUCUGGCUGAACAAACGAAAAAUCAAAAGUUUGCCUCUCAGCGGAUAUUGAUAUUCUCAAACUUUGGAGAAGAUGCAUCCAAUGAUCAAAUUGAUGUAAUAAUUAAAGGAAUUAGAAAUUCAAAUAUGCAACUGAAUAUCAUAUCUCCACAUAAUUUUUUUGAUGACGAUGAAUCAGAUGAUGAUCAUUCAACGGAUCAAAUUAAACCAGUUCAACAGUUAAAAGGAAAAGCUUUAAUUAGGAGUAUGUUAAAAGAAGUACAAGGAGAAGCUUAUUCUUUUAGUGAUGCUCUUCCUGCUCUCACAUAUUAUCAAAAGAAAGCAGUUCAGCCAGCUGGAUGGAAUGCAAUGUUAGAAAUAAGUUCAAGUUUUAAACUUCCUAUCACUGGUUAUGUAAAAAUAACUCAAUAUAAACUUGGAAAACGGUGGGACACAGUUUUUGCACUUGAUCCAAAUGUAAAUAUUAUUAGAGAGACUUCUUAUCACAUGAAUGAUGAGGCCCAGACAGAAAUUAAAAAGGAAGAUAUUAUUGCUGGUUAUCGUUACGGGACAACUUUAGUGCCAUUUAGUGAAGAAGACAAAGCUAAUAUGGCAUAUAAAUCAUCAGAAAAGGGAAUAAAAGUUUUGGGAUUUACUAAAGAAGAUAAUAUAAAAUACCAUCAUUACAUUGGAGAUAAAGUAAUUUAUAUUGUGGGUCAGAAAACUAAUGAGUCUGUGGAAAAGGCAUUAUCUGCAUUUAUUCAAGCUCUGUAUGAGACAAGUAUGGUAGCUGUUGUCCGUUAUGUCUAUUCAGCAAAUUCCCCUCCAAAGUUAGGUUUUCUCUCUCCUCGAAUUAAAAAGGAAUACGAGUGUUUAGUUUUUAUACAAUUGCCAUUUAUGGAGGAUUUACGACAUUAUACUUUCUCAUCUCUUGAUGCAAAUGCAAAGAACUUACCAACAGAUGAACAGACUUCUAUAAUAGAUAAAUUGAUUACAGAAAUGGAUCUUAGCAUUGUUACAAAUGAUGAUGGCACAGAAGAGGAGGAAUUAUUUAAGUCAUCUCAAACAAUAAAUCCAUAUCUUCAAAGAUAUUUUCAGUGCCUUCAGCAUCGUGCGUUAAAACCUGAAAGUUCCCUACCACCGAUGCCACCAUACAUCAAAAAUAUUUUUAAAGUCCCAGAUAAGAUUACUGAUGCAACUAAACCAAUACUAGAAAAAAUAAAAAAAUUAUUUCCUCUUGAAGAAGUUGUCCCAGCUAAAUCUAUGAAGACAGGUGCAAGCAUGUUUCAAAAUGGAGAGAAGUCUGAGGAACCGCCAAUCAAGAGGAGUAAAAGUGGUAGUGAUAUUCUUCAAGGAGGUAUGGCUGAGAUUGUUAUGGGAAAUAUACAAGAGGUGGGAACAGUAACACCUUUAGAAGACUUCAAGAAACUAAUAAGUAAUCCAAACUGCAACUUUUCAGAAGUUUGUAAGCAAUUAGAAAAUGUCAUAUUGAAAUUAAUAAAAGAUCCAGUUGGAGGUAAUCUCCACAUUAAGGCUAUUAAUUCUGUGAAAGGUUAUCGUGAAGAAUCUAUCAAAAAAAUGGAGCCUUCAAAUUUUAAUAGUUUCCUCAGAGACUUAAAAAAUUUCCUAAGUUCUAGUCAUAAGCAAGUCUGGCAACAAAUUAUAUCAGAGAAGAUUAAUUUGAUCACCAGCAGAGAGUGCAAAAAAAGUGAUGUUUCUACACAAGAGGGCGAGGAAUUUCUAGUGGUCACGGACAACAACAAAAUACCUGCCGACAACGAGGAAGAUGAAGAAGAUCUGCUUGCCAAGAUGUGAAGCUACUAUGAAGUGUUUUGUUUAUGAGAAUACGAAAGUUUGUCUGCAAAAGACGAUUUUGCAAGAAA